AUGCUUUCCCUUCCACUCCCACCACCACCGCCAUGUACACCACCAUCCCAGCAGCAAGCAGCUGCUUCUCCUCUGAAACAGAUUAUUAUUACCUCAAAGGAUUCCAUGGAUCAACAUCUUUUCCCAUCAGAGCUGCCACAUAGCUGCAAGAGACAACUGGGAGGCUACUCUAAACUCCAGAGACCAUGCAGGACCAAUCCCCUCAUCUGGUGCGGAUCAAUCUUUUGCUUGAUAUUCAGCCUUCUCCUCAUCUUCUUUGGCAUUGCGACUCUGAUCAUCUUCCUCGCCAUAAAACCAAGAAUUCCUUUGUUUGACACCCCCUCUGCAAGCCUUAAAGUGGUCUACAUGGACUCUCCUCAGUUUCUAAACAGUGAUUUUACAUUUACAGCCAACUUCUCCAACCCAAACCCAAAACUUGAUAUCAGUUUUGACUAUUUAAGCAUUGAGCUGUACUCUUUUGACACUCGGAUUGCAGCUCAAGCUCUUCAACCUUUCACUCAAAGACGAAAAGAAACAAAGUUAGUUGCUGUUCAAAUGAUAUCAAGCCUGGUUUAUAUGCCACCCACUCAUGCUUUUGAACUUCUAAGGCAAGUGCAGAACAACAGGGUUGUGUAUCAUAUCAGAGGAACUUUCAGAGUAAGGUUUAGUCUAGGUGUAAUUCACUUUUCGUAUUGGCUGCAUGCUACAUGCCAGCUAGAGCUCACAAGCCCACCAACAGGCGUUCUUGUAGCUCACAGUUGCAGUACCAAAAAAUGA